UCCCCCUCUUUUCUUAAUCAUACACAAUUCUCGCCCCACGCCAACGUGCACUGUCGUUUCAUUUCCUCAUUCUAAAACUUUUCCUGUUUUCUCAAAAGAAAAAAGAAAAAUUAUUCUAAAAACUUUUCACCACCACCUUCUUGAGGGUCCCCACACCUGUCCCGACGAUCUAUCUAUAUCUCCGAUCGUAUCAGAUCAAGAUGAGUGAAGUAUUUGAAGGUUACGAACGUCAAUACUGCGAGCUCUCUGCGAAUCUUUCGAGGAAGUGUACUACUGCUGGUGCUCUUGAUGGAGAGCAAAAGAAGCAAAAGCUUUCUGAAGUUAAAGCCGGGUUGGAGGAUGCUGAAUCUUUGAUUCGCAAAAUGGACCUUGAAGCAAGAAGUUUACAGCCGAAUGUCAAGGCUGUCCUUUUGGCUAAGUUGAGGGAAUAUAAGUCGGAUCUUAACAAUCUGAAGAGUGAAGUCAAACGAAUUGCUUCUGGUAAUCUAAAUUCAGCUGCCCGAGAUGAGCUCUUGGAAUCAGGAAUGGCUGAUGCACUGACGGCCUCAGCUGAUCAAAGAUCAAGAUUAAUGAUGACUACAGAAAGAUUAAAUCACUCCAGUGACAGAGUUAAGGACAGUAGAAGAACAAUGCUGGAAACUGAAGAGCUUGGUGUUUCGAUUCUUCAAGAUUUGCAUCAACAGCGGCAGUCUCUCUUGCAUGCACAUAACACGCUUCAUGGGGUGGAUGAUAACAUUGGCAAGAGCAAGAAAGUAUUGACUGCCAUGGCAAGGAGGAUGAAUAGGAACAAGUGGAUUAUUGGCGCUGUUAUUGCAGUACUUGUUGUUGUUAUUGGCUUGAUCUUAUACUUCAAACUCAAAUAGGCCAAGAUACUCGGUUCAUUCAAUCCAGUGUUUUAUGGGAACAUAGUAUUUUUUUGUGUGCUUAUAUGUGUGAGCUUGCCAUUAAGUUCUGACAUGAAGAUGUUUUCUUUCAUCAAUUGAUCUGUACUCAUCCAUUUUUAUCAUGUGGAAUGAAUUUCGGGACAUACCUUAAAUGUAUAUUGUCUUUUAUGUCUA